AUGCGGACCUACGAAAAAACCCCGGGUAGCCGGGCUUACCACAAUUUCACUGAAGAACAGGCGGCCGAAGCGGUGCGAGCGGUGCAAGAUGGUAUGAGCAAAAAACAGGCGUCCCGGGUUUGUAAAAUUCCACGGAGUACCCUUACUAGUAGAUGCCUUGGUAGGCAUACAAAACCUCAAGGUCAUCCAACCAUCUUGAGUUCGGAGGAAGAAGCCAUCAUUGCAAGAACCCUUGGCGUCGUUGCAUAUUGGGGCUUUCCGCUUACUAAAGCCGAUAUCAAGCAAAUAGUGAAAAAAUUUCUGGACAAAAAAGGUAUUGUUAUUCCCAUACUAAAAGACAAUCUCCCGGGGGAUGAUAUGGUAGCGUUAUUUAUCCAGAGGAACAAUCUGUCUGUGAGGAUGGCAUCCAACAUAAAAAGAUCCCGCGCCUCUGUUGAUCAAUAUGACGUUAAUAAGUUCUUCGACAACAUAAAACCAGCUUUGUUAGAAUCUACAGGUGACCAUAUCUACAAUUAUGAUGAAACCAAUAUUACAGAUGACCCUGGAGCACGAAAAUUCAUUGUUCCUAGGAAUUGCAAAAGAGUGGAACGGGUUCAGAAUUUCUCAAGAACAGCAAUCAGUAUUAUGGUGUGCGGAACUGCGAGUGGUGAACUUUUACCACCCAUGGUUGUUUAUAAGGCCUACAACCUUUACGAAAAUUUGUGUGUCGGUGGACCUACUGGGACGGUCUAUAGGAAUAGCCCAAGUGGAUGGUUCGAUGCCAAUCUCUUUGAGAUCUGGUUUACUAAAAUUUUAGUGCCACACAUUCAACGGACUAGGCAACCAGGGAUGAGAGUCGUCGUGGUGGGCGAUAAUCUGGCUAGUCAUUUCGCCCCAAACGUCAUUAGGAUUGCACAGGAAGAGGAUAUUUAUUUAACACCCUUUCCACCAAAUGCCACGCACUUGAUACAGCCUUUGGACGUGGCAGUUUUUGCACCAAUGAAGAGAACAUGGCUAGUGUUUCUAGACACGUGGUGA